UGGAGUUGCAUAGGGCGGGUUAUUCCACCGAGAGGCUGGUACUUCUUCACUCUGACAAAUCGAAAAGCUCUCUCCUGGAGUGACGCUGAUGGAAGCAAUGCAAACCAGAUAUAUUCAGUGGAGACCAGCGCUGGAGAUAGAAAGGACUCGGGUGGACUUAGUCAAGAAGGAAGGACUCGGGUGGACUUAGUCAAAAAGGAAGGACUCGGGUGGAUUUAGCGAAGAAGGAAGGACUCGGGUGGACUUAGUGAAGAAGGAAGGACUCGGGUGGACUUAGUCAAGAAGGAAGGACUCGGGUGGACUUAGUCAAGAAGGAAGGAUUCGGGGACUUAGCGACCACGACCGACCGUAGCUGAGAGUGGCCUAGAGGCAGAAGCUCCAGACCCCCAUGCCGGGCGUUGUCGCAGCUGGCCAGGUCUCUCCCAGAUCGCCUGCCUCAGCUCACCGAGUCCUCCCUGGAAGCUGGCUUGAACUCUGGGCCUGCAGCACCUCAGCUUGAUAAACACAUAUCGCUUGGGAAUAAUUUCUACUUGGACACCUACUGGCUGCUGAGAAAAUGGUCGUCAGCAUUGAUCUGGAAACUGACCUUCCAGAGCUCGUUCUAAAUGUUGGAGCGAUCACGCUUGGAAAGAAGAGCAGGGAGGAAAUGAAGAGCCGUUGUCUCAGGAGACGGGAGAUUGAAAGCGUCUCCCGAGCUCUGUGUGUGCUGCUGAACUCUGGAGGGGGCGUGAUCAGGGCUAAAAUUGAGAAUCAACAAUACAGUCUGAGCAGAGAUGGAAUAGGACUGGAUUUGGAAAACUCUCUUUACAGUGUUCUUCCAUUCGUUCAGAGAUGCCUCGACUUCGUGGAGAAAGACGGCCACUUCUAUGUUUUUGUGAAAUCGGGGGGUCCGGAGAGCUCCGAGCUGCCGAUCGUCACGUUGAAGACCAACCUGUACAUGAGAAGCAUGUCAUCCUCAGUCGAGGCCCCUGCUGCUGCUGCCCUGGAGCUCCUCACAGACAUGAAGGAAACUGGAGGGAGGUGGGACUUGAGACCAGAGCUGCCGCCAAACAGAGCCUGCGCCUGCGUAGAAGAAGAAUGUCAGGUGGAGGACUUGGCUGCUGAGUUUUUUCACAGGACAAAACUUCUCUACAAGGGGGAGUUCCCCUUCUGUAAAUCCACACACGUGGAGGUUAGGAAGGUCUCAACCAAACGACUGUUGAAGUGCAUUAAAAAGAUUAUCUCUCGAACUGUUUCUGCAUUUGCAAACACUGACGGGGGUUAUUUGUUCAUUGGUUUGGAUGCAAAGAAACAGCAGAUCAUUGGUUUUGAAGCAGAGGAGAGUGAUCUUGUGCAUCUAGAGAGUGAGAUCGGAAAGUGCGUCCGACAGCUGCCUGUCUAUCACUUCUGUGAGGAGAAGGAGGAGAUCAAGUACUUGUGCAGAUUCAUUGAAGUCCAUGGCCCAGGAGGUGUUUGUUCAUAUGUCUGUGCGCUCAGAGUAGAGAGAUUCUGCUGUGCCGUGUUUGCUAAACAGCCUGAUUCCUGGCACGUGGAAGACAACUGUGUGAAGCCGUUUACCACGGAGGAAUGGGUCAGGCACCUGAUGGAAGGCAGGGCAGGUUCAGGAAGGGGGAUUAGCAAUCAGGAUAUACUUAGCCAGGGUGGUUAGGUUUCUCUUGGGGAUUUAUUGCACUCAUACCAAGAACAGACCAAUAGAACUAUAUGAAUAUAAAAUUCAGCAACAGAAACAAUGCCCACAGGACAGAAGAAAAUCUAGCUUUGUAUCUAACAGAGCAUUUAAAUGUAGAAUAUGUACAGUACUCAUAAUGUUCAACCCCCAAACCUCGUGUAACAUAAUCAAUAAAUGCUUCCUCUUCCUCUUAAAACCUCAUUGUAAGUACACAGCACCUUUUCCUUAUCCAUUCAUCUUUUGAUGGACAUCUAGGCUGAUUCCACGUCUUGGCUAUUGUGGAAUUACAUGGAUGCUCACGUAUGUCUGUGGCAUUCUGACUUGGAUUUCUUUAGAUACCUACAGUGGACUAUCUGAAUGCUAUGGCAGCACAACCUUGUUUUUAAAGGAAACUCCAUAUUGAUUUCUAUAGCAGCUGUGCUAAUUUGCAUAUAUAGUAAACUGAUAGGAAAUGCAACAGGGCAAGAAGAUGGAGUAGGAGGGGAUUUAGUGACUUGCUAUGUACCCAGGCUAGCACUGAAUUCAUUGUGUGGUCCAGCUUGGCCUCAAGGUCUCGGCAACCCUCCUAUUUCAGCCUCCAGAAUGCUGGGAUUACAGCAUGAGCCAGGACAAGCAGGUCGGGGUGGGGCGAUUUUAACUCUGGACAAUAAGCCCAAGUUGGUCAAGAUGUAGAUUGUCAAUACGGAAAAGGAAAAGAGGGGAAAGGAGUGAGCAAGGAAGAAACUCCUAGAGCCAAACAAUUCAGCAGAGCAUCCCACCGACCUUCUCACUUUAUUUUUCCAGUAGUGUGGGGACCUAAAGGCCCCACCUUGCAUAGGUCCGAAAGGAAGUUACUGGGGGCGCGGCCUGGCUUGCUUUGAAAGUCUGAAGAAUACUUCUGCACUGCUGAGGAGUGUAUGAUCAGCUCAGGACCAUCCUUAAGACACACCCUGGAGGGGGGAGGGGGGAUUUCCAGGUGCCUUUAUAAGCUCUGUAAUACCUGUAAUAAAUGAGUCCCCGCUUGACUAGA